AUGGCCAAUGAAAACCAAACAGGCAUCUCUGAAUUUGUCCUUUUGGGUCUCUCCACCCAACCUCAACACCAGAAUCUGUUCUUCCUGCUUUUCCUCUCCUUGUACCUGCUGACUCUACUAGGAAACCUUCUGAUUGUCCUGCUGGUCCAUUUGGACAACCGCCUUCUUCAUACCCCAAUGUACUUCUUUCUCAGUCAGCUCUCGUUGGCUGACUUAGGUUUUGUUUCCAGCACUGUUCCCAAGAUAUUGGUGAAUCUGAUGUCCCCUAACAAGACCAUCUCUUUUAGUGGGUGCUUGAUCCAAAUGUAUUUCUUCUUAACCUUUGGUAACACUGAUAGUUUCCUUUUGGCCUGCAUGGCUUACGACCGCUACAUGGCCAUCUGUCACCCACUGCACUAUGCCACUGUGAUGAGUCACAAGCGUUGCCUCAUACUGGCAUGUGGAUCAUGGAUCCUUUCUAUAGAUGAUGAGCUGGGAGUUUUCCACAGCCAACUUAUUAUGGGCUGUGCUUGGCUCUGGCAUCUGCCCUCUGCUCUGCUGCACACUCUUCUGACAUCCCGCCUUUCUUUCUGCUCCUCUUGGGAGAUCCCCUAUUUUUUCUGUGAUGUUUACCCUCUCCUGGAACUGUCUUGCUCCAGCACAAGUCUCAUAAAAGUACUGGCACAGACAGAAGGUGUGGUGGACAUUCUAGGGCCCUUUGUCCUCAUUAUGAUCUCCUACAUGCACAUCUUCUGUGCCAUCAUGAAAGUACCAUCUGCUGCUGGGAAGCGUAAAGCCUUCUCGACUUGUGGCUCUCAUCUGACUAUAGUGGUUCUAUUCUAUGGGACCAUCAGCUGUCUCUAUUUCCAGCCUACCUCUGCUUACUCAGCCCAGAAAGGCACCAUUACUUCUCUCUUGUAUGCAGUGGUGAUCCCUAUGCUGAAUCCAUUCAUCUAUACCUUGAGGAACUAUGAUAUAAAGGCAGCUAUUGUGAGACUUUGGGAUAAGAGCAGAAGCUUUCAGCGUACAUGA